AUGGAGCGAAAAGGAAAACAAACCCCACCGCUCAAUCUUCCCCUCUCGGGGAAGAAAGAUGUACAAGUAUCCCCGAGAUAUUACGAGCCCGGCAGCUCCCACCGCCACUCGGUGGCUAGUACUGGCGUAGGUGAUUCAUACAGCCCUCUAUUUCGGUCGCCUGAACUCACCUACAGAUCGUCGGCGUUGCCUUCUCCCAAGGCGGUCCAGUCUAGAGUGCCGCCUCUCCCUCCUUCUAAGGGCGCUCGCCAGCAUGUUCCCCGUCGAGACGUUCCUCGCCCCGCCGUUCUCGUGUCUUCUCCUUUCGAGGAGCUGCCGAGAGGGCAACUGAUCACUCCAGAGAUCAUUAAGGCCAAACAGCGGGGAACAUCUUUGCCUCCUUUGAAAGAGGCGCAUCUCAACAUGCUUGACGAAUACAUCAGUCCGGAGACUGCCAACUGGAUAAACACAAUUCCCCCGGAGGACAUGCUGAGGCUUUCUGGCUCCACGGACCAAACGCACGACCCGAGAUUCACGGAAGAACCCGUACAGUAUCAUCUUGACCAUCCAUUCCCGCCUUCUGUCCUCAAGAAGUAUCCCAACUACGCAGACUUUCCCCUUCUGUUGAACAAAGUCCAUCGCCCCACCCUGAAGCCAAACUUUAGAGACCGACACGAAGUCGAACAUCUUCGUGGACAUAAUGAAGCAAUGCUAGAGAGCCACUGUGGCGAGAAGCCGCUGGACAGCCAAGUGGCCGUAAGGGAGGCAUACAUGCACGUGCCGAAUUUCGGCCGCGUUCAAGUAGUGCUGACGGACUACCCAGAUGGCACGAGCUACCCCCUUGUGACUCUUCCCAAGAUGACCCCUCAUGACAUCCUGAAAGUGCUGGACAUGCAGAAGGCGGCACAGCAGAGGUCGUGGGUGAACGUUUUCUUCAGCAUUCUCCGCAAGAUAUCAUGCGGCUUGUUUUAA